AUGACAACCAAAGCACGGCGUUGAGUUGGCUGGUUGUCGGUCGAUCGAAGGUAGCCAUGGCUCGAGUCACAGCGCUGCUGCUGCUACUGCCGGUUCUACUAGAAUCGGUUUAUUCUAUCUCUUUCUUUUUACCGGUCAACUCCAGAAAGUGUCUGCGGGAGGAGAUCCACAAAGAUGUGCUCGUCACUGGAGAGUAUGACUUGACCGAGCAACCAAACACCAAAACUCAUCUCAAGAUCACAGAUUCAUCUACCCACACUCUUUAUUCCAAGGAAGAUGCAACUAAAGGAAAGUUUGCCUUCACCACAGAGGACUAUGACAUGUUUGAGGUGUGCUUUGAGAGCAAGUCCCCGCUGGGAACUGGAAGAGUGCCCGAUCAGCUUGUUAAUCUGGACAUGAAGCACGGUGUGGAAGCCAAAAAUUAUGAAGAGAUCGCAAAGGUGGAGAAACUGAAGCCUCUGGAGGUUGAGCUGCGGCGGCUGGAGGACCUGUCAGAGUCCAUCGUCAACGACUUUGCCUAUAUGAAGAAGAGGGAGGAGGAGAUGCGGGACACCAACGAGUCGACCAACACGCGUGUUUUGUACUUCAGUAUAUUCUCCAUGUGCUGUCUCAUCGGGCUGGCCACUUGGCAGGUCUUCUACCUGAGGCGCUUCUUUAAAGCAAAGAAGCUGAUCGAGUAGAGCCACUUCCUCAGGCUGGAGGCCUCGUGGGACGCGCCCCAGCAUCCACCCUCCUUGGACUAGCUUCAGCAAACAACAGCAAGUCGGGUUAAGGAGCUCAAGAUCUGAAUUUCAAGGCUGAUGGUGUCAUGGAUGUCCUCUAGAAAAAGAUACUUAUAUAGUGGGUUGGAACAUGGGAAGCUCUGCAGGGCUUUGAAUGUUGCAGCCGACUUGAUAAGAACCUGUUUCUUUGAUAAGUUGAGCAUUGGAUUUUUUUAUUUUUGAGCUCCGGUUGAAUGAAUGUGCCAUGAGCAAAUGUCUUUCCCUUUCUGUUUAAAAAAACAAAACACGCCAACCAACUCCCAUGCUCAGUUGGGGUUCAACCAUGAAGGCUGUUUCUACCUGUUCUCUGUCUGAGAUGAUUGGAAACCACUGAACUCCUGCUUUGUCACUGACUUUGCAAACAUGUUUAGUAGCUCAGUUUAACCGUUUUUGUAUCCAUGAGGCAUUUUCUACUUGGUCUCUUCUUCAUAUUUUUGUUUGUUUUCAGAUGAAUAAUCUGUUGACUGUAAAUUAGGGCACUUCCACAAAUCUUCACGUCUUGUUUUCAGGACACUUGAGAAUCCAAAAUAACAACUCGUACCCCGACUCCUACAGCAUUUCUGUCAGACAGAGGUGGUUGGACGUUGUGACAAGAAAUGUAAAAGUAUCCAAACUUAAUUUUUUUUUUUUUUGUUAAAUGUAAAAACUUGAGGUUCCAUAACAGAACUUGGAGAUCCAUCCAGUCUUUCUUUCUUAGUUUUGAGGUUUGGGUUACGUGAAUGUGGAUGAAAGAAGAUGCUCGUUGUUUUCUGAUGGGUUCAAUUUUGUAAAUUUAUUGGGCUUUUAUUCAAUAAAAUAGUGGAUGGAUUAACCAUUCCUUUGUCAUAUUUUGGGGAAGAAAAUUGCUUUAGGAAAAUAAUUAAUAUUUGAGGUAUUUUUAUGUGACUUACAUGUUGGAAAAAUAUACAUUCAUAUUUUGGCUGACAGUUUCUUGUAUAAUUUGUAAUAUUUAAAUGCAAGAGACGUUUUAAGAUUAAUCUGCAUAGUAAUAGAUUAAAAUGAAGACUAAAUCCU